AUGCACGAAGACCCGCUCCCCUCAUCGGCGCACGCGACCAAUCUGGACUCGCCUCUUCUCGACCCGCGAUAUUCCGCCCUCAAAUCCAGCAGUCCACCGCCUCUCUUCUCAGAAAAUGAUUCGCUUGAUACCGCCGAUGUGACGAACUACGAGUCACCAAGGGACAAGAGAAAGCGCGCUGGUACAUGGUGGCAGACCGGCCCGAGAGGCGCGCCGAAGAGGAGGCAGUUCAACCGCAACUUUGACUCCGGUGUCUACAUGAUGAGCGAUGACUCCGAAGCAUCCGCACCUGCGAGUUCUGCAAUUUCGUAUCUCGGCUUCGACAGCACUUCCGACAUACCCUCCGAUCCACCAGCGCCGGAGUCUUUAGAGCAUUCGGAUGAGGGCAUCGAGCCCACGACCAAGUCCACGAGCGCUUGGGAAGCCCGGAUCUCUCGGGUGAUCCAACAAGGCCUCGACUCCAACGAGAUGCACUACAACCUCCAAAGCUACUAUAUACAGGACGAUGAGCUACACCAGCUCGGCAUGCUUAAUCAGAUCGUUACCGUUCCUCCAGGUAUCGACGUUGAUGUCCCUGCCGAAGGUCAAUAUCGGUCCAUGAUCCCCGAGAUACAUGUGAAUCUAUCGUUAAAUGAACUUUCCCGCCUUUCGCCUACCUUGUUCAAUCUUCAAUACCUGACUAGCCUUACCUUACGCCACAACGCCAUCGAGGCAAUUCCUCCUCAGAUCAAAGAGCUCACAAAUCUGAAAACCCUUGAUCUCUGCUACAAUUUGAUACAUACACUACCUUGCGAAUUGCUUUCGUUAUGUACUUCGCAGGGUCAAGGCAGCUUGAUGCGCUUAGAGUUGGCGGGAAAUCCACUCUAUGAGUUCAACAACACCGGUCAGACUGCAUAUCUCAAUGUAGCGUUGGCAAUGGCCAGGUCCAAAUCACCUACUGAAGUGCUCUCUACCCUUGCUCAAAGAGAGCCAAAAGUUUCGGCCAUGAUGCUGAGAUGUACGGAACUGGAGUGGAGCGAAUUUGAAGGACACCACCUUUACACCCCUCCAAGCGUGAAGGUCGACGAUGUCAGCCUUGUUCAAGACACGCUCUUCCUCAUUCACAGGACCACGGCUUCGUACUACGACCACACGGGUCGGCUUCUGAAAGGCUCUCCUGCGCUUCCAAUGCGAGAACAACCGGAUCAAAAUUGUGAUACGUCUCCUUCUGCAUCCCAAUCAGCAAUUCUGACGCACACUUCGCUCGGCGCCGUUGGCAUUCCCGAUAUUUGGUUCGAUCGGCCUUCGUCCUUUCGAGUCCCUUCGCUAGCUACGCUCUCCCUGGUCAAAGCGUAUAACACCGAGCCAGACCGCGUUCGUGAAGAAGUCGACUAUUACGUGGGCGGCAGUAUUCCUGGUGGCGUUGAAGCUACUCUUGCAAAAGCAGAAGAAAACGAUGCUUCGAUGUUUAAGCCACUUCGCAGCUGCCAUUGCUGCGGUAGAGACUACAUCGUACCGAGAGCAGAAUGGAUUGAGGGUUGGUUCUUCCAGCAGCAGAUACUUCCGAUCAAGGUGGCGGUUUGUUCUUGGGCAUGCGUACCAGAUAUUAUUGCGAAGAGACCAGAGCCAUGGAAGUGGACGGACAUUCCAGAAAGAUUGUGA